AUGCGAGCUUUCGUGACUGAUGGGAAAGGGAGUAGUUCAAUCCAAAACGUGCCUCGUCCAGCCCCAAGCAGUGGUGAGAUCCUCAUCAAGGUACAUCAUGUCGCCCUGAAUCCCGGAGACUGGAAACUUGUUGAAGGUGACGUUCUAGAUGGCCCCGCAGCACCCGGUCUGGUCGUUGGCUGCGACUUCGCCGGGAUCGUCGAAGAGCCGAACGGUUCAAAAUGGCAGAAAGGCCAACGAGUGGGUGGUUGGGUUCAUGGUGCAACUUACAAAGAGAUUGGUGCUUUUGCUGAGUUUAUCAGCAUUGAACCAACUCUUGUCUUUGCGAUACCAGACAAUGUUAGCUUUCAACAGGGAGCAACUAUCUCGCUUGCCUUUGCAACUGCGACGCAGGCAAUGUUUCAACGCAUGAGGCUUCCAGAGCCAUAUUGGCCCAACGAAAGCCAUGUUGACUUCCUUGUGUAUGGAGCUUCGACAAGCGUUGGAUUAUAUGCUGUGCAGCUUGGGAGACUUAGCGGUCUUCGGGUAAUCGCAAUCGCGUCAACCAAGAAUCAUGACCUUCUUAAGAAACUUGGAGCAUAUACCACUUUCGACUACCAUGAUGAAGAUUGGGUCGACCGCGUGAGAGAUAUCACCAAUGGCAAAUUGAAAUACGCUUUCGACACUAUCGCAGACGAAUUCUCUUCGGGAAAGAUGGCCAAUGCCCUCGGGAGAAGCGAUGGAGCUCAUCUCGUAGCUCUAUCUCCUGUCAAUAAGUCUUCUAUUGGAGCUAUCAACCCAUAUGUUAAAGCGGAAUCCAUAAUAGCUUUUACUGUUUUUGGGAGGGCGCUCGGCGAAGACUACGCCAUGUUUGACAACGCCGGGCCCGCGACACCAGGCGACAAACAUGCUUGGGAAAAUUAUUUACAGUUGGUUACCCAUAUGUUAAAGACAAAAGACUUGCAGCCGAACCAUGUUAGAGAGGUAGGAACUUUGGAUAAUGUUAUUGAAGCUUUUAGACUAAGUAAAGAAGGGAAGUUGUCUGCGGAAAAGGCAGUUCUGAGGGUGGUGGGAGGAAAUUGA